UGUAAAAUUUAUUUUGAGCAUGCUAAUGCUACUCUUUGCAAGCUUCUAAUGUUGCCUCUGUCACCCCUACUGAGUAGCAUUACUUAUUUUUUUGCCCAAGUUUGAAAUGGAUAAAGUAGUGUUUGAGAACUAUAAUUCAUUUGAAAUAUUAUAUUUUAAUUACAAUAUUUGAAAUCUCGUUAUUUCAAAUUCCUAAUGUUGCUUGGGAAGUUAUAGAAUUUCAAUUUUAAAAUUUGAACUAUGAAGUCGGCAAAGAUGAAAAUGAAGUUCCCUUAUUACUCCCUCCAAGUCCCCAUCUCCAUCAUCACACUAAUGGCCAUGGCCAUUGCCUCUGUCAGUGGGGCCGGAGCUCCGACGCUCCGGCCCCAGAGCUAUCCCUUCGACUCCCCUAAGGGCACGUCAAAUCCCGGGCAGGACUUUCUCGACGGGCACAACAGGGCACGGGCCUCGGUGGGCAUUCCACCUGUCACGUGGAAUGGCACCGUGGAAGCGUACGCGAAAGCUUACGCCGCCCAGAGGUCCGCAGACUGCAAUUUGGAGCACUCCAACGGGCCCUAUGGGGAGAACAUUGCGGAGGGCUACGGGGAGCUGCGGGCCUCGGAUGCCGUGAACAUGUGGGUCGGGGAGCAGGAGUACUACGACCACGCGUCCAACGCCUGUGUCCCCGGGCAAGAGUGCGGGCACUACACGCAGGUCGUUUGGCGGGCCACCACGAGUAUCGGCUGCGCGAGGGCGGUGUGCCGUAACGGUUGGAUGUUUGUCACCUGCAACUAUUACCCUCCGGGAAACUACAUUGGCGAACGUCCUUAUUAGUUACGUUAGGGAGUAAUUUUUAUUUCUAGUCACCUUCUUCUUUUUUAAUAUAUGAGGUCGCUAUUG